AUGGCCCCCCACAGCCUGCGGCUGCUCCUGGUGCUGAGCUGUGUAGCCAGCACUGAAGUCCUGGGUAACAUCCUCAUGAGACCCAGCUGUGCUCCCGGAUGGUUUUACUACCUGUCCAAUUGCUAUGGAUACUUCCGGAAGCUGAGGAGCUGGUCUGAAGCUGAGCUCGAGUGUCAGUCCUACGGAAACGGAGCCCACCUAGCGUCUCUCCAGAGUGUAAAAGAAGCCACCACAGUAGCAAAAUACAUAACUGGCUACCAAAAAAACCAGCCCGUGUGGAUCGGCCUGCACGACCCACAAAAGAAGCAACAAUGGCAGUGGAUCGAUGGGGCCUUCUAUGUCUACAGAAGCUGGUCUGACGCGUCCAGGCACAGGGACAAGUACUGUGCGGCGAUGAGCUUCAAGAACGAUUUUUUGACCUGGGAGAGCAACGAAUGCAGCAAACACCAGCACUUCCUGUGCAAAUACCGACCGUAG